AUGCCAGUUUCUUUGCUUCUCCGCCUCCUUUUCUUCUUCUUCUUCUUCUUCUUCUUCUUUGUAAUAUUUGUCGACGGCCAGUGCCUCAAUGAUCAAAAAAAGCUGUUACUUGAGCUCAGGAGCGAAUUCAAAUUCAAUUCCUCCAUUUCACAGAGUUUGGUGAACUGGAAUGAGACAGGUGAUUGUUGCCAAUGGAAGCUCGUGGAAUGCGAUGACUCGGGUCACGUUAUCAGUUUGGACCUCAGCAGCGAGGGCGUCUCUGGCAGAAUAGGUGAGUCAUCAGCCCUUUUCCGGUUGACAUACUUGUCGAGGCUUGACCUCUCAGACAAUGACUUCACCACAAGUGAGAUUCCUAACCAAUUCCAUCGUCUCACGAAUUUGGCACACCUUUCUAUGACAAAUUCUGGUGUCAUGGGACCAUUUCCAUCCACGCUUGCUAACUUGGCAAACCUAGUUGAACUAUACUUAACAAGUAACUUCCUAACUGGUUCAAUUCCUACAUUUCAUAACUGCAAGAAUAUUGAAUGGAUAUACCUUGGUGAUAAUAAUCUUUCGGGCUCACUUUCUCACUUGCAUUUUCAAGGUCUUACAAACCUUUUUGGUUUAGAUUUAAGCCAGAAUUUAUUGAAUGGCACCAUUCCUCACCAUCUUUUCGCCCUACCUUUUAUUGGUGUUCUUUAUCUAUCCAACAACCAAUUCAGUGGACAAAUCAGAGAAAUUUCCAUUUUAGACCACUCUAACCUUUCUAAGCUAGAUUUGAGUGGUAAUAGGAUUGGAGGCCCUAUUCCUAACUUCUUCUUCCAGCUUCCAAACAUGUUCAUUCUCUGGCUUUCUGACAAUUUGUUUAAUGGCACUUUUAAACUCAAUAAGAUUCAAAGUCUGACAAGUCUUUCACAACUUAGUCUUUCUAAUAACAACCUGUCAGUUGACACAACCAACAUGAGUUCAAGUUCCCAUGGAUAUCCCAAUUUAAUUCAGGUUCAUCUAUCAUCUUGCAAUUUGGACGAUUUCCCAGAUUUUAGAAAUGCGUCCAAUUUGUUAAGAUUGGACCUCAAAAACAAUCAUUUGCAAGGGGAUAUUCCUACUUGGAUUUGGGAAACCGAAAAGAGCUAUUUGGACCUUUCUUCAAAUCUUCUAACAGGUUUGAAUAAGGCUCCCAUCCCUCCAAAUUUUACUUAUACAGUUGUCUUGCUCGCAAACAAUCGACUAACUGGAAUGAUUCCAUCCUCCUUCUGCAAUGCAUCUUUACUUCAUGUUCUCGACUUGUCAUUCAAUAACUUGAGUGGUAGCAUACCUCCUUGCAUAAUUAAAGAAAAUCUUGCGAGUACAGUGCUCAAUCUUAGGGGAAACAAAAUCAGUGGUGUUAUCCCUGAUCAAUUUCCUAGUGAGUGUGGCCUACAAACCUUUGAUGUUAGUUACAACAACGUAGGCGGGAGGGUUCCUAAGUCUCUGUCAAAUUGUAAGUAUCUAGAGGUGAUGAAUGUAGGAAACAAUAACCUCAAGGAUAAUUUCCCUUGUAUGUUGUCGUUGAGCUUGCGCAUCCUUGUCUUGCGCUCCAACAGAUUCCAUGGAGAUUUGGGAUGUCGAAAGAGUUGGCCAAAUCUUCAAAUUCUGGAUAUAUCUUCAAAUGAUUUCAGUGGUUAUGUGAAUUUGCUAAACAUCUCAAGUUUGAGAGGAAUGGUGCUUGAGAGUCCUACACAUGGAGAAAUACCAGAUGCAAUUGGUAAUCUCAGGUCACUCUAUCUUCUCAACUUAUCACACAACUCUCUCCCUGAUACAAUCCCAAGAUCAUUGGGUGCCUUGAAAGAGCUUGGAUCGCUCGACCUCUCUUCAAACAAGCUCACCGGGAGAAUACCUGAUGAGCUCACAAAACUCGAUUUCCUUUCAUUCUUGAAUCUGUCUUACAAUUAUCUCACCGGACCCAUCCCAACUGGCCGCCAGUUUCAAAUGUUUACGGCAGAUUCAUAUGUAGGAAACUCGGGGUUAUCUGGUUUCCCACUCAACGGGAGUUUCAACAACCCUCAUCCACCAGCUGAUCCAUCGCCAUCAGACGAUUCAGAAUCAAAAGAUGAGGAGAUUGAGUGGGAAUAUGUGUUUGCUGCGUCUGGUUAUGUUGUGGGAAUAGGAAGCGUUGCGUGGACACUGUUUUGCUGCAGAAGCUUGAGAGAAAGAUACUUUGAGAAGAUAGAGGAGAUUGCUGACAAGAUAUUCUUUGAGAGAGGAAGGAGAACAAGACAUGAAAGAAGAGUGAGAAGAAGAAGAGAAGAGAAGAAGAGAAGAACAAGAUACUUUGAGAAGAUAGAGGAGAUUGCUGACAAGAUAUUCUUUGAGAGAGGAAGGAGAACAAGACAUGAAAGAAGAGUGAGAAGAAGAAGAGAAGAGAAGAGAGGAGGAAUGGGCUUAGGAGACAUCAACUGUGAGGUUGAUUGUGUAAUUUUGCUUGUGCUUAGUUAG